UGCCGCAACUUCCUGAACUGUCCUCCCCAAUGUAGCAGUCGCACUGGUAGCCUCAGCCCCUUUAAGAGGUCUGCGCACCGGGCCUCGCUUCCGCCAUGGCCGCUCAGUUGCUGGAGGAGGACCUGGUGACUUGCUCCAUCUGCUUAGGUCGCUACCGGGACCCGGUGACGCUGCCCUGCGGGCACAGCUUCUGCGGGAACUGCAUCAAGGAUUCGUGGCGGCGCUGCUGCGAAAAGACAUGCCCCGAAUGUCGCCAGCCCUUCCCCGAGGGCGCCACGCUGUCCCGCAACGUGACGCUGAGCACCUUGCUGCAGGCGCUGCCCGUUCUGCCGGCGCCACCCGCCGCCACCCCGCGCCCGGACUCCACCACAGGCCACAGCGCUCGCUGCCUGCGCCACGGGAGGCCGCUCGAGUUCUUCUGUCGCACCGAAGGCCUCUGCGUGUGCAGCGCGUGCACGGUGCACGACUGCAGCCACCACGAGCGGGCGCUGCUGGACGUGGAGCGCCGCGUGCGCGAGGACCAGCUGAGAGCGAGGGUCCUGGUUACCCAGCAACAGGUUGCCCAGGCAGAGACCCAGCUGCAGGAGCUGCAGGAGCAACACAGUCGGAUUGAGAGUUCAGCCUGCACCCUGGCCUCGGUGGUCUCCAGGAGAUUCAGUAGCCUGCUUCAGGCGCUGGAGAAGCAGCAGGCCUCAACACUGAGUGAUAUAGAGGUAGCCAAGAAGCAGGCGCUGGACCAAGUUCUGAAUGAGAAACAGCGGCUGACUGACCACCUAAAGGCCCUGUCUCAGUAUGAUCACGGUGUCCAGGCUCUCCUGGCGCAGGCGGAUGAUUGCAUCUUCUUCCAGGAAUUACAGCAGCUCCCUGAGCCCACAGAGUCCCUCGGGCCACUGACCUCUCCACAGUGGGAUGAAGAGCAGCAGCUGAGCAACGUGAACCAGCUGCUCAGGCCACUGUGUGAGCUCCUCCUCGAAGAGAAGAGCCUCCCCAAGGCUGCAGAUGCUGGCCCUGUGGAGGCCUUGGGUCCCCUGGCACCAGUCCCCAGCACAGUGUGUCCACUGAGGAAGAAGCUCUGGCAGAAUUAUCGCAAUCUGACCUUUGACCCAGAGACUGCCAACCAGUAUUUGCACUUGUCUCACAAGGACCAGCGGGUGACACACCAUUUCCAGGCCCAGGGCCCAGCCAAGUCGGGCAGCUUCGAGCUGUGGCAGGUGCAGUGUACCCAGAGUUUUCAGACUGGACAACAUUACUGGGAGGUACGUGCCUCUGAUCACUCCGUCACUCUGGGCGUCACCUACCCAAAGCUAUCCCGCCAAAAGCUGGGGACCCACACGGAUAACAUAGGCCGUGGACCCUGCUCCUGGGGCCUCUGCAUCCAGGCGGACAGUAUCCAGGCCUGGCAUGACGGUAAAUCUCAGCGCCUGCGUGGAUCGCCCGGACGGCUCCUGGGCGUAGAUCUGAACUUGACCUCUGGCUGCCUCACCUUCUACAGCCUGGAGCCGUGCACGCAGCUGCUGCACACUUUCUAUGCAGUGUUCAGCCAGCCUCUCUUCCCUGUCUUCUGGCUCCUUGAGGGGAGGACCCUUACUCUGUGCCAUCAGCCUGAGGCCAAGCUCCCUCCAAGGCCCCAGGAAGAGGCCACAGCGCCCAGCUGAGGAAGGCACAGACAGGUGCCACUGUGCCUGGGUGCCCAAGAGUGGCUCCACCCCUGGCUUCUAGCAGGAACAGCUGUUGGCCUCUAUGUUGACUCAGAGACAGACCUGGGAGAGGAGCCCUAGAACAGAGUUUACAUUUUACUAUCUAUGGAGGGACGAGGGGACAGAGAGAAAUUAACUAGGAAGCCCCCGCCCCAAGCAAGAACCAAGUUCUUGGCAUUGUGUGGACAUCUUAGUCACUGUUCUGUUUCUGUGAAGAGACACCAUGACUAAGGCAACUCUAUAGAAGAAAGCAUUUAA